AUGGAGGGGACCGUCUCAAGCCUGUCAAGGUUGUCGGCCUCCCAGGUGGAAAGGGCUUCGUUUACUCCUGGUGGUUGCUCACAACCCAAUGUACAAGCAACGAAACUGCCUUUGGGGUCGACCUCGGAAAAUGCUCUACAAGCUCUUCAGCGGCGUCUAGCUGAGCAGGAUGCCCGCAUCUCAUUGCUUGAAAGGGAGCUAAGAAAGAAUCGACUAGCUCCUACGAAGCCCGUGGACUACGAAGAAGGUGCAAACGAAAAUCAAAGCGUGCCUGGAGCGCGUUCCGAAUCUGCGCAAUUGUUCAAUUCCAAGUCUCCACAGCCGAGAGGCAUGCACAGUGGCUUAGCAAAAUCAGAUGGUGAUGCUUUAUCCGCGCAGAUGCGGUAUCAGAUACUCCAGUUGAAAUUACAUUCAAUUGUACAGAAGAGCCAUUCAAUUGGAGUGGUGGACUCUUCUCCAUUGUCAUCUCCUCCAGAACAGAGACCAGAUCUCUUGGACGAUGUCAGCCCGGCAUCUGAAAAGCCUGUAACUCCAAGCCAGGAUUACUCACUUGACGACCUUCGAGCCUUUGAAUCUCAUUUGGAGAUGCAAGCGGCGUCUUAUAUGAACACCCAUAGCGAUGGAGGUCAGAAAGAAACAAUCAAGGCUCUAUUGGAAGGUAUUGUAUCACCAACAGACGUGGCUCAAGACUAUUAUACAGAAUCCAAACGCUUGUUGCCAACCACACAGCGACCAGCAAGCCCAAGAAGUGCUAGACGGCCAAUCCCUGUGCCGUGGGAUGGAAAAGUCACAUACACCCUUCCCACCUCCUCCCCCUUUGAUGAUGCCGCCCAGGAAGCCAAAGCCCUGAACGCACAGCCUCGCACCAAAUACCCUCUGGGACUCUUUAAACACGGGCUUAUCUUCGACCCCUCCAAGGCCGAAAGGAAUUGUUAUAGAACAGUAGCCAUUGCGAACCUCCCCCUCAGCUGCUGCCUGAGACACUUAUUCCAAGCUGUACGCGGCGGACCGGUCUUAGCUGCCCAUCUGAUGAAUAUGGAGCGCGUUGCGGGCUAUCACAUGGGGAUUGUCACGUUCGUUUACGAAAAGAAUGCAAGGGCAUAUGUCAGGUUUUCCCAAAACCAUGGAGUGUUCUUCGACGAUCAACGUGCCAGUAUCGGGAUUUUUGAACAGGCUACAUAUCCCAUGUCGGGGGAUAUGGAACAAAAGAUCAGCAGUGGCCACACGAGGUGUAUCUCCAUCAAAGGCCCUCAUGAUCCCGAGAGGUAUGCGGACGUUGCAACAUAUGUCAAGAAGGAGCUUCCCAUGUAUUUCGAUCUUGGGGAUGAUAUGGAGGAGAAUGCAUCUAAAACCGAGUUGCGGAUGCAUUUCAAUUCGAUCGAAGCUGCCAGCGCUGCCAUUGAGGCGUGUAGGCGAUAUAACCACUGCCAGCUUGUCCCUGCCAUUAGUUAUAACUACGUAGAUCCAACAUUUUACUAG